AUGGAAGUCAGAAGGUUAUUUUGGGCAACAAUCACAGGGGAUCAAAAGUUGCAGAGAUGUUUGUCGUGAUCAUCAAUGUCGCCAUCAGGAGCUUUCCUGGGACGCACUUUUGUACCACCAUAUUAUAGGUUCACGCAUACAACACCUCAUUGCAGAUGAGAAAAUAGACCUCUCGAAAAUCUUUGAGAUUUUCUCUACAAUGGUGGUCAAUUUUAGCCAAGAGAGCCAAGAUACAACGAAUGCCUGCUGUAUUACCUGAUAAAGGAGUCAUCAACGCACCCUGUGAAUCAUAUAUAAAUUUGCCUAGUCUUUCAAGUCCAAGUUCUGUGAAAAUUCCGAUUUCUAUGGAUGCCCUAUCAAGUUUCCAAAAUAAUGAUAACCUAAAGAAUGAUAGCGCAAAUGUUUAUUCCACAUAUAUUUUGAAUAUAGAUAUUGAGAAAGGAAAGCCCGAGGCUCUUCAAUCCACUGAAGAAAUGGGAGGAAAUGUGAUAACUGAGGAUUCUUUAGCUAUAAUGUUGCAGAAAGAAAUAGCAUUGCAGAUGGGAGGAAAGCUCAUCCAGUUCCUAAUGAAUCACAACUUUGAGUUACCCAAGUUCACUAUUAAAGAUAAAUGGGUGGCUGAUAAAAUCUUUGAUACUUCUAGCAACAGAGUGAGAAAAUACAAGCGCACUGCAUCAUUUAAUUCAAGAAGAGUUGUUCUCCUCUUCUCUGUACUCUCAAGCGUGGGAACGGUUAUACUAAUAUUUCUGACUCUAAGAGUUAGAAUGAAUGUGAAUGGCUCUGGUGUUUGAUGGCGGCUUUUAUCAUCUUCCAGCCACCGUAUUUGUAAAAUAAAUCUUUCCCGGAAUUUUUGCUUUCUUUCUAAAGAAUAAGAUCGACGACGCCGAAAUUUGGUCGAUGACAUGUCCAGUGUUGAUAAAUUAAAAGGAGAUGCCAGGGACUUCCUUAAUGCCAAAAGAUCUGGCCAGUCGGUGGACGAUGUUGCAAAAGAAGUUGGCAACUGUAAUGUGACUGAAACAGCUAAUGGAGAAUUAAAUAAGGCUAAUGCUGGCCAACAGAAAUCUGCUGAAGGAAUUUCUGAUGAUAAUCGAACAGGAUCAAAGGUUGUUAAUGGUCAAGCUAACGUAAUGGAAACUGUGACAGGGGCAUUGCAAGAUGCUACUGAUCAUGAAAAGCAGACUGUCAAUGUAGAGGCUAAAUUUCCAAAUGCUCAAGCUGAAAGGGAGUAGGGAUUUGAGCAGGGGACUCUGGCUCAGGGAACUGCUGUUGCACCUGUUAAACCAGUGGACAAAGCAGCAGUAGAAUGUGCUGAAGGUGUUGGUCAAUUCAGGACUGCUUCUAAGUCCCCUUCAGUUACUGGACAGGUUAAUACACAGCAGAAACAGUCUAAUGUUCUGCAAGUAUCAGGCCCAAAGGAUGUUGUUGAUCGAGGUGAGGUAUCUGCACAAUUUGGCAAGGACAAGGUUGGUACUGGUGCUUUGCAAGCUGCAGCUAAUGCUAAAUGUCCUGAUGCUCGAGCAACCAAUGCCAAGAACCAUGCAACUAAUGGUGCUUUGGUCACAUUAAAUACCUCUGUUUUUGAUGUUCCAUCACAAUCAGUUGAAACCUACAGCGACUUUGAAGGUGAAGCUGGGUAGAUUUUUCUGUCAACUGGAAACAAUGAUGAAUUUAUCCAAGCAAAAGUGAUCAAAUCUAAAUUUUGGUUACAACAACGUGAAGAGGAUGACGAAUACGAGGAUUGGGGUGAUGGUCAGGGUUUUCAUCUGAAGAAGCUGAUCAGGAGGUCGAUCAAGAGAGUGCAGGUGAAGAUCUUGACUGUCUAGCAAUGGCAAAAUAUGAUGAGGGACCAGUAGCAAGUCAUAAGAGCAAAUUGAAUAUCAACGCUCCAAUAUUUUUGCCCAGAAAUUCUCCAAAUGGAAGCUUGAAGCGAACUGCAACAACACAUACAAAGCAGUUAGUCCUAGCUGAAACUGAUCAAACAGCUGCUACAAUAAAAUCUGGGCAGCAACAUAUUGUAACAGAUAAUCCAAUCUUCGAUGC